UGUCCCUGCAGGGCCAGCUCCUCAUGGACCUCGUUAGCCUCCAGCUGGGCACUGAGCACCUGUGGAGCUGGCUCGUGAGGCUGCUCAGCAAAGACCCAGAAUGGCUGAAUGCCAAGAUGAAGUUCUUCCUCACCGAGAUGGAGCUGAGCUCCGGGGACAAGGCCCAGGAUGCCACACAGGGGGUCAUCCUACAACUCAGAAGACUGCACGCUCAUGGCCAGGCCACUUGGCAGGCUUUCAUCCAUUGCGUGUGCAUGGAGCUGGACGUACCACUGGACCUGGAGGUGCCGCUGCUGAGCACCUGGGGCCAUGGAGACGGGUUCCCCAGCCAGCUGGAGGCUGGUGAAGAAAGCCAGCCUACCUCUCAGCUCCACCAUGGCCUCAAGCGGCCUUAUCAGAGCUGUGGGUCCUCACCCCGCCCGAAGCAGUGCAAGAAGCAGCAGCUAGAGCUGGCCAGGAGGUACCUGCAGCUGCUGAAGACCUCCGCCCAGCGGCGCUAUGGCAGCCGGAUCCCGGGGCCAGGGCAACCCCUUGCCUUCCACCAGGCCUACAUCCCCCCGAUCCUGCAGUGGAGCCGGACCACGACACCCUUCAACACCCAGGAGGGGGCCACCCUGGGGGACCCCAAGGCAGAAGACGGCACUGAUGUGAGCAUCCGGGACCUCUUCAACACCAGGGCCGACAAGGGCCCGAGGGUGACGGUGCUCCUGGGCAAGGCGGGCAUGGGCAAGACCACCCUGGCCCACCGGCUCUGCCAGAGGUGGGCCGACGGCCAGCUGGACCGCUUCCAGGCCCUGUUCCUUUUCGAGUUCCGCCAGCUCAACCUGAUCACACAUCUCCUGACACUGCCCCAGCUCCUUUUUGACCUGUACCUGAGCCCCGAGGCGGGCCCUGACUCGGUCUUCCAGUACCUGGAGGAGAACGCUAACGGAGUCCUGCUGAUCUUUGAUGGGCUGGACCAGGCCCUCCACCCCCAUUCCAGCAGGGAGAGGGAAGGUCCUGAGGAGCCAAGUCCGGCCCUUGCCCUCUUCUCUGGCCUCUGCCGGGGGACCCUGCUGCCUGGCUGCUGGGUACUGACCACCUCCCGUCCAGGGAAGCUGCCCGACUGCCUGCCCACAGAGGCAGCCACGGUCCACAUGUGGGGCUUUGACAGGCCACGGGUGGAGGAGUACAUGGUCCGCUUCUUCACGGACCAGCUGUGUCAGGAGGCGGCCCUGGCAGAGCUGCGGAAAAGCAGACACCUCCAGAGCAUGUGCGCAGUGCCCGCGCUCUGCCAGGUCACCUGCAUGUGCCUCCACCGUCUGCUCCCCCGCAGCUGUCCAGGCCAGUCUGCGGCCCUCCUGCCCACCGUGACUCAGAACUACGUGCAGAUGGUGUCCACCCUCGGCCCCCGAGGCUACCCGCCUCCCGAGUCCCUGCUGGACCUCAGUGAGGUGGCCCUGAGGGGCCUGGAGACCGGCAAGGUUAUCUUUUCCGUAGGAGACAUCCGUCCGUCCACGAUGGCCUUCGGGGCUGCCCUCAGCCUGUUGACCUCCUUCUGCGUCUGCACGGGCCCUGGGCACCAGGCUACAGGCUAUGCCUUCGCCCACCUCAGCCUACAGGAGUUUUUUGCUGCCUUGUACCUGAUGGUCAACCCCAAGGUGGACAAAAAUGCGCUUGCCGGCCACGUCACCCUCAAUUCUCGCUGGGUGCUGCGGACCAAAGCUAAGCCGGGCCUCUUGGACCACCUCCCCUCCUUCCUGGCAGGGCUGGCGUCCCACGCCUGCCGACCCUUCCUCAGCCACGUGGCCCGGAGGGAUGAGACGUGGGUGAGUGCCAGGCAGGCUGUGGUGAUGCAGGCCCUGAGGAAGUUGGCCCCCCGCAGGCUCACGGGGCCGAAGGUGGUAGCAUUCUGUCACUGCGUGGGAGAGACCCAGGAGCCUGAGCUGGCCAGCCUCGUGGCCCAAAGUCUCCCCUGCCACCUGUCUUUCCACAAUUUCCCACUGACCUUUGCUGACCUGGCUGCCCUGACCAACAUCUUGGGGCACAGGAAUGCCCCUAUCCACCUGGAUUUUGAGGGCUGCCCCCUGGAGCCCCACUGCCCUGAGGCCCUGGCAGGCUGUAAGCAGGUAGAGAAUCUCAGCUUUAAGAGCAGGAAGUGUGGGGACGCCUUUGCAGAAGCCCUCUCCAGGAGCCUGCCGACAAUGGGGAGCCUGAAGAAGCUGGGGUUAGCAGGAAGUAAGAUCACUGCCCGAGGCAUCAGCCACCUGGUGCAGGCUUUGCGCCUCUGUCCACAGCUGGAAGAGGUCAGCUUUCAGGACAACCAGCUCAAGGACUGGGCUGUGCUGAACAUCGUGGAGGUACUUCCUUGUUUGCCACGGCUCCAGAAGCUUGACCUGAGCCGCAACAAUGUCUCCGUGUCAACCUUACUCUGCUUGACAAAGGUGGCAGUCGCAUGCCCUACUGUCAGGACCCUGCAGGUCAGGGAGGCGGAGCUCAUCUUCCUUCUUUCCCCGCCCGCAGAGACUGCUGCAGAGCUGCAAGGGUAAGAACCUAGGGAGGGGAUGGGUCUGGGCUCAUUCUGAGGAGCAGUCUGGGCUCAAGCAGUAGCAGAGUAAGGUAGCCAAGAGAGCCUAUGAAGAGCUGGAAUGUGGGGAUUCUUCUUGCUAUGGCUGCCUGAGAAAUGGCUUUCUUUUCAGAGUUGGCAAGGACUUUACCUUCUUCUAGCAUAUCUGGACCACGUCUGGUUCCUGUGGUGGGGGAGCAUCCCCAGAAAUCUCAGAGCAAGUCAGACCCUUAGGGAAGGCAUGAAUAUACUGUUAGAUUGGUGUUAAUAUGUGGGGAAAGCUCCAGAAGACUCUUCCAUCUAAAAAAAAAGCGGGAGGGAGGCAAUGAUGAUACCCACAUCUCAGAGUUACUCUGAGGAUUAAAUGAAUUAAUACACUGCAGGUGCUUAAAACACUGCUGACAUCCAGGUGGCACUCAGAUGCUGGCUAAUCCAGCUGUGCAUGGAUUCCAGCUUGGCUUGUCCUGCAUGGGCAAAGAAAGGGAAGCAGCCUUUCCAUGAGAGAACAUUCCAGCUGGACUUAUUCACACUCCUUCCUGGCUGAGACUCACAGACAGAUGAUGUUAUAUGUCCUUGGGCAAGUUCUUUCCCUGCUCUGAACUUCAGUUUCCUCCCCCAUACAACGAUCUAGUAGGACCAAAGUCUUCUUCCCCUCCAGCUGUACAGAGCUAUGAUGCCCAGUAUGGUAGCCACUAGCCACAUGUGGCUAUUUAAAGGCAUAUUAGUUAGAAUUAAGUAAAAUGAACAUUUAAGUUUACCAGCCACCUUAGCUGUAUUUUAGGUACUCAGUGGCCAUGGGAGACUAGUGUCUCCCACAGUGGAUGGCACAGAUACAAAACAUUCUCAUCAUCGCGGAAAGUUCCGUGGGACAACGCCAGUCUAGAGGUCUGUGAAAACCCGGGUAAUGACGUUCCAGCUUCUCUGCAGCCCCAACCCCUUCCCUGGCCCAGCGGGAGAGAGCCUGGAGGUGCCGUGGCUCCCACAGCCUGGACCCACACACAGCCCAUGCUCCCAGGCUUUUGAACCACAGGUGGCACGUAUACAAAUGGAGAGCUUCACAACAUAGAAAUAGCAGCUUCUUUUUACUAAGCUUCAAUUUUGUGCCCGUGCUGGGCGCUUGACCGUACAUCGUUUCAUUUUAAUCCUUCAGUCACUGUGUUAGAUAUUGUCAUCCCAUCUUGGAAAAGAGACCAUGGAGGG